AUGAUGACAAGAAUAGAUGAAGUGUCUAAUGCAACUUCAACAUCUACUCUAUCAUAUAAACCUGUAUCAAAACUUCUGGAAAUUGACCAAGAAGAGUGUAAAGCACUCUUCCUUAGAACUAGGAAUAAUAGUAAUCUUUUAUAUGAAGAAUUGAUUGUGCGAUUUCAUGUAGCUGCAGUAAGGUUAGCGAAUAAAUUUAGAUCAACAAAUGAAAGUGCAACAGAACCAUAUGACGUGUUAGAUGGAUUUGUUUCUGACAAAGUAUGGAAACAGUUAUUGCAAAUGCAUCUGAAGGCAACUGACCUAGCAAAGUUGAAAAAAGAUUCUAAAACUUUUAAAAAACUUGGUGUUUUUGUAUACCAG